CGAACUGUUUAAUUUAUAGUAAUUUCAAGUGGCUGCGCGUGAGAGGAUAUUUUACGAACGGACUAUGUUAGCUGUUAACUUUUAUAAACGGUUAAAGAAAUAAUAAAUCCCCGCGAGAACGGGGGCUCAAUCGCCAUACGCCCACCCGCGCCCAGGCUCGCCGUCGUCAUACGUGGGCGUGACACACCUCCGGUUAGCCAUUAGGCUAACAUUAAGCUAAAUAUCCGGGAGGCGACUAGGCGCGCGCCGGGCUGUCUCUUCGGUGUUGUUAUGUGGUGAAGCUAGCAUCCGCCUGUGUCUGUCCUCCUUGGCUGACCACCGGGAGCCGCGCCAUGGAGUGCCGCGUCUUGUCCAUCCAGAGCCACGUCGUGCGGGGUUAUGUGGGCAACAAGAGCGCCUCAUUCCCGCUGCAGGUUUUGGGCUUUGAGGUGGACUCCAUCAACUCUGUGCAGUUCUCCAACCACACCGGUUACUCGCACUGGAAGGGGCAAGUGCUGACGGCUGACGAGCUGCACGUUCUCUACGAAGGCAUCAAGCUCAACAACGUGCACCAGUAUGACUAUGUUCUGACAGGCUACACUAGGGACACAUCCUUCCUGGAGAUGGUGGUGGAUAUUGUUCAGGAGCUGAAGAGAGCCAAUCCAAACUUGGUGUAUGUGUGCGACCCGGUGCUGGGUGACCACGGCUCCAUGUACGUCCCUCAGAAUCUCUACCCGGUGUACAAGAACAAGGUGGUUCCUGUUGCGGACAUUAUCACGCCUAACCAGUUUGAAGCUGAACUGUUGACAGGGAAGAACAUCAGCACGGAGAAAGAUGCUGUGGAGGUGAUGGACCUGCUGCACACCAUGGGCCCGGACACGGUGGUCAUCACCUCCUCGGAUCUACCUGCCAGACUGGGCGAUCGCUUCCUGGUGUCGCUGGGUAGCCAGCGUCACGUUCGUCCCGACGGCAGCAGAACCACGCAGAGGGUCAGAAUAGAAGUUCCCAAAGUGGACGCCGUCUUUGUUGGCACGGGCGACUUGUUUGCCGCCAUGCUGCUGGCGUGGACGCACCACUACCCAAAUGACCUCAAGACGGCAUGUGAGAAAACGUUUUCGGUGAUGCAUCACGUCAUCCAGAGGACCAUCUCGUACGCUCACGAACUAGCAGGUCCCGGUCGGAGGCCCAGUCCACCCCAACUGGAGCUGCGGAUGGUCCAGAGCAAGGCCGACAUCGAAGACCCCGCCAUCGUGACGGAGGCCACCGUCAUAUCGUAACGACCGCCAGCCUCCAUAACGCAUUUCAUAACGCAUUGGGCCCUCGGAGCCUUUGUAGUCUCCUCAGCGCUCCCGACAAGCCGUUAGCCUCCGCGCUGAGCUGCAGAUAGACAGCAAGGGCGGCUCGUCACAAACGGCCCCAACUUGUGUAUCUGCGGCUCCACUUCCACGCAUCUUUUAGCAGUAACAUAUUGGUGAGCAACCCCCCCAGAAAAUACGACCAGAAAAAAAAAAGAAAAAAAAACCGCACAAUGUAUAUAGUUGAUGUCUCGUUGUUGUGCUCAAACUGUAUUGGAGCAUCUGUGUGACAACGCAACUGUCUGGUUGACCUUGGUGUGCUACUCAACUACACGUCACUCGACUUAUCAAAUACAUUGGCACUUUUACUCUAGUACUUGAAUAGUUUAAGUUACUUAGCUCCAUUUUAAGGGGUACACAUAUUGGUUUUUAACAUCUGGAGUGAUAUUUCAGAAAGGGAGGAAGUGUGUCUUCACUUCUCUUAUUGCGUGCCGUCCACUAAUGGUGAGUCUCCUCCCCUGAAACCAGAUGUCUGUGGUAGUAGUGACCAAGACUGACUGGAAUGAAGCAACAAUCAUAAAUAUUCAACAAGUUGACCAUUGCUCUUUGAGAAAAUAACAUUUGGAAAAAUCUCUCUCCACACACAAUUAGAUAAUCACCCCCAAUUCACUUUCGAAGACAUCUGAUAAUCAGGCCUUAGGUGACUUUGAAAAGCACUGAAGUUGGGUCCGAUUUUCGGUGCGUACAUACACCAACGUUGACAAAAGCAGAGAACAUGGUGGGUCUUAUCUUGUUAUUUCUAAAAUGCUGAUGAAAAUCAAUCAUGUCAUGAAAAUGCUUGUCUUGGGUUGAAAGAUCAAAUACUUGAGUGUACCCGCCAUCAUAAGAGGUGACGUGAGGAGGCCUGAAACAUUCUGAUGCGUCUUUACCAAAAUGGACAACAGCUUUUGAAAUGACAACGAUGCAGUUUUGGUUGUCAUCUGCGGUCUUUGAUAACUUCAAGUCUGCUCUGGUGUCCUGCCCGUAUUUCCUCAAGUGGAGGCUGCGCUCUCUUGCUCUCACACGCACUUGACAAGCGUUGACCGCUCAGCCUGUUUGAACGUUGUUGUUAACCAAAACAGCAGCAAGGCCCUAACCCUACCCCCCCCCCCCCCCCCGAAGAAAUAAUGCAAAUCCAAUUAUUCCAGAAUCUAGAAAUGCAAGUAUUUAACAAUCAAUACUCAAUAACUAGUUUUACAGACAGGAAAUUCUUCUAAAUAAAUAUAAAUGACUGAUGAAGUCUUGAAAUGAACAAAAUACACACAAGAUUUAGACAAGAAAAUGUGUCCUAAGCCGCUCGGUGAGUUUUAUCCCGUUCAUCUUUGUGCUAACUUUGUACUGGUAAUUGUGCAGUUAGUUGUUAAUCAUCACAAUCAAUCACAGAGAUCAUCAUUAAGCUGCUUUGAUCUCUGCUCCACGCAUAUCGACGUGUAUUAGCUUCUAUGUCAGCUUCAUCUGGCUUGUCGCUCUUUUUGACGACAGUGUCUUAGCUUCCUGCUCGCCAAGCGGGCGGCCAUGUUGCGCGGUCCAAAUGUCUACCUGGUGUGUCUUCACAAGCUGUGUGCGUGCCUAUUUCUAUUCAUGAAUGGUCACAGGGUUUCGUGUGUGUGUGUAUGUGUGUGUGUGCGCGCAUGUGUGUGUGAGUGAGAGAUAAGGUCAACAAAAAGGGAGAAAUUACUGUAAAUGUGGCCAAAUAAGAACAAAGGAGCACUUUAAGGCCCCUUAAAAUUCUUGUGAACAGGGAAAAACUUAAUUGGAUUGGGCAGUUCAUCUAUUUGUCCGUCCGUCUAUUAUCAGACAGUAGGCGGGGGACACCCAGAACCGGUAGCCAGCCAACUGCUGGGCAUACACAGACAAACAAGCAUUCACACACAUAAUCACACCUACGGCAAAGAAAAAGCAUUUACUACUUACUUAGCCACCAACUUGAGGUCCUCGAGUUUCCGAUAUGCUAACACUUGAGUGAAGUGGAAGAAAAGUGGCAAAUUUACAGCUAAGUGGCUGCAAUGCACUGCCGUUUGGGUAAGGAGAGCCACAGUCACGUUCAGAUGUUUAUUGGAGAGGACAAACAGUCAAAUAAAAAAAACUGCUGUCAGGCCAGCCCAACCUGAUGUCAUUCACUAGGCCACGCCCCUUAAAGGCACACAUUCAGAAAUGAGGCUUAAA